GCAGACAGAUGUGCAAGAUGUCUGAGCGCUUUCUUUACUUCAUUCUCGGCUUUCAGGUUCUUUAUAGUUUCAUCGAUUUAAUCGAUGCGAGAGCCUCAGCAGACGAGGUUCAGAUUGAAGUGGUGUUCGUACCGGAGAACUGCACCCAGAAAAGCAAGAAAGGAGAUUUACUGCACGCACAUUACGAUGGAUUUCUGGCUAAAGACGGGUCUCAGUUCUACUGCAGUCGCUCCGCUUCGUCCCAGCCUCACUGGUUUGUUCUGGGGGUUGGAGAGGUCAUCGAAGGUCUGGACCUGGGCCUGAAAGACAUGUGUCCUGGAGAGAAGAGAAAGAUCACAGUACCACCUUCAUUGGCAUUUGGAGAAAAGGGGAAAGAUCCUGUGCCACCCCAUGCCACUGUGAUCUUUGAAGUGGAGCUUUUGCAUUUACGACGGGGGCCACGCAGCAUGGAAGCCUUUAAUGAGAUGGACCUAAACAAUGACAAGACUCUGACAAAAGAAGAGGUGAGAAAGCAUUUAAAGAUGGAAGCUGAGAAGUUAAAUGUGCAGAAAGAAGAAUCCUACUUCGACAGCGUUGUUACUGAUGUUUUUCGCAGAAAUGACGAGGAUGCCGAUGGGACUUUGUCUGUGAAAGAGUACAACGUCUACGAGCAUGAUGAGCUGUAGCGGCCAAUAGAAUCUGCUCUUCCUAAUAGACAUUUUAAUGUAGGUAGUAGAUGGAAUGCACAUUCACUGGUCACUUUAUUAUGUACACCUUUCUGAUACAUGCAUUCAUCGAUUAUUUUAUAUGGUACCAUACAGAUACAAAUACUGACUGUUGCUCUGUUUAAUUUAUCGCCCCCUGUGUUCCAUUAAUGUUUAUGGAAUGUAGUGUAAAAAUGGCCUAGGAAAAUACAUACAAGGGUGGUGUACGUAAUAAAGUGUUUGCUGAGUGCAUGAGUCGAUGGAGUCUGAUAAAAUACCACUGUUAAUGCACACUUUUAAUAAAAACAAUUUUUAAAUAA